AGAGGCAACCGGGGACUUCCCACCAGUUUGGCUCAGAGCUGGGGUGGUGGGGGCGGGGAAGUGAUGUGUGCAGACGUUCUCUGGUGAGGAACGAAAAAAAAUAACAUGGAUCAGGAAGGAAAGAUGUCCUCGUCAAUGCUGGUGGAUUACAGCUACCAAAAACUGAGUGAGAAAAUCACAGACUCGGAGAACAGAAAGUGGAGAGCACUUGUCCUGAUUUUGGGAUUAAUCAUUUGUCUGCAGACCUCCACAGCCUUUUAUUUCUUCCUACGAUUCACUCGUCAGAUGGCUCAGAUGAAGCAGAAGGUGAAUGUUGAUAGUUCUCCAGGACGGUGCCUGAAAUACCUGAACACAUACACUGGUGAUCCGUCAGACUUUGAAGAGAGCAUUGAAGAUCUUGGAUGUGACAGAUGGCUCAACAACAUCAGGUUUCUAAUCAACCAGCGUCUGCAGUUCAAGGUGAAAGAUAUGAUCUACCAGGAGCUGAAAGCCAACAACGCCACGUACUUACUGGGCUCGGAUACACCGGCUAUUCACUUAACUAUACGGCGUAGCAAAGACCCUCUGUCACCAAGUAACGCAUCAUCUUACCUUGGCCAUGGAGCUGGACACGAGGUCCUUUACUGGGAAGACAACAAAGGACUUGCACUGCGACACAGUUCCAUAGAAUACCAUGAGGGAGAAAUGUCCAUUCUCAAGAGCGGACUCUACUAUGUGUAUGCCAAGGUGUACUUAAGGCACAUACCAGGGCGAGAAGCAGUCAAUCAUCGCGACAAUCCCUCUGUUCAGUACAUUUACAAGAAAACCAGCUCCUAUUAUGAUCCCAUUCUUUUAACAAAAUCUGUGUUCACCAGAUGCUGGUCUAAAGAGGGUAUGUUUGACCUCUACACGAGCUAUCAGGGUGCCCUCUUUCAACUGGAGGAAGGGGACAAACUGUUCAUGAUGGUAACAGAUGCAAGUGUUGUGGAUGUUAAUGAUGAAUCUACAUAUUUUGGUGCUUUCAUGAUCCAGUGAAAUUAGGGGCACACACCUGGGAUCACAGGAGCCCAAGCUUACGUUCAUCGCAGAACAUUAAAUUGGCAUUAGGUUUACAGCACGGAUUGAGAGUCAGUCCUUAAGACCUCCUAAUAACUCUCCCUAUGCUACAAAAUUCACUUGGCUUGUUUUUUUUUGUUAUUGAAACAGACACUUGUACAAUCCUAAAGCACGAAGACCUUUGAUAAGGUAGCUCGAGAGAGGAAAAAAAUACUAUUUCCACUGGUUGGUGAGUGGGUCACUUGUGGUCAUAUUUUUAAAUUCAUCACCAACAAACAGAGAGAGAUUAGGAGAAAUGUUUUAAUCCGAGGUUUAUUUGGACAUGGAAUACACAAUCAGAAAUUGUUGUUGAAGCAGAAUACAUAAGUUUUGAAAGGGAAAAUAUUUGAAAAAUAUACAAGGAUAAUGGUGAUAGAGCAGGUUGUGUGGGACUAAAUUGGUAGAUCUUUUAGAGAGUGCAGUACAGGAUUGUUUUAUUGCUGAUUGGCCUUCUUCUGCGCUGCAAUAUUCUAUGAUUCUAAACUAUGGUUAGGUUGAAUCUUCCUCUAGAAAAAAAACCCUCUGGAAACAAAUUUUAUUUGAAUAGAGUUUUGGGACAAAGCUGUUCCAAGUUCUUCAAGGAUCAAAGCCAACCCAGAAUCUUAUUCAGACCAGACACCUCAGUCUGGCCAUUCUUUGCUCACUUGGGUUAUUUUUAUCCUAAAGUUAAUCAUUUCUCCACAACCUCCAGCAAUGGGCCUCAGGUUGGAAUCAUAGUAUGUACUGACUUUGCUGACUUCCAGCAGGGCAGUCAUUGACCUAUCAUUUCCCAAACUGUAUCCCGAGAUAUUAUUUUCCUGCAAAAAAUGUAUCUAAUUUGUUCUGGAAGCAAACAACAUUUUCUACUUAUACCAUCUCCCUUGGGAUCCAAUUCCUUACGUUUACUAUUCACUCACAGAAGUAGUUUUUCCACAGAUUUGUUCUGAAUUUACCCACCUUCAAUCGCAGAGCGUGUCCUCUGGUUCUAUUAUUCAGUGUACGAUAUCAGGGGACACUUGGGAGGACAGAUCGGAAGGAAAAGCAAUUUGCUAGGAACGUCAACUUUGCUUGUGUUGCAUCUACUCCCAUGUGACAUACACAUCACAGUGGAUACAGACAGAAUCAAACAAAGCUGCACUCUGCACUCAACCAAACAUCAGAAGUCCUGUAGCGCAGUGGUUAGAGCACUCGCCUUGCAACCUGGGUUCGAUUCCCGGCAGGCGAAACCUUGGGCAAGUUUCCUUACUCAAGAAAAAAAAUAAUUUGGCCAUUAAAUCCACGACUGUUUGUGGGACACUGCUGUGCACAAUUGGCUGCCGCAUUUUACCCACAAAAUAUACAGUCAAUUCACUUUACAAUCUAUUCUGUGAAGCACUUUGAGACGUCUAGAAGACGUGAAAAGCGCUAUCAAAUACAAGCAUUAUUAUUAUUAUUGAUAUUAUCAACAGAAAAUUGCAACUUGCAAACAAAAGAUGUAUGAAACGAUGCAGAAAGGACAGGUUAACAUUUCCGAUAUGUCCCUUCCUUUGGCUGCUUCCCAGAUCUUGUCUUUCUGUUUCACAUGAUCAGGCAGUGGGUGGGGAAAUUCCUGAUCUUAAACAUCCUGUCGGGAAGAAGGUGGGAAGAGAAAGUGGCUAACAUUGCUAAUAACUUCCCCAUAUGGAGGAAGAUCGGAGGAAAUGCCACUGAGGAUGCUUCUUGGUAUCUGAAUGAGGAGCGCUGAGCGCAGGCGUGAGAGCUGAAAACUUUAAAACAAAAUAACCUUCCCGCAGCGCACAUCUGCUUUGUCUUUUUAAACCACUUAGUAGAAAUAAUUCUGUUGCCUGUUAUUGUCUCAUUGGCUGGUGCAAGUGGAGAGAGAGUGGGGAAAAUGCCUUGCUUCAGCUUUGGAAACCCAGAAUAGCUUUGGUCACAUAACGACAUAAGCUGCAAAAUGUUGUUACAAAAUCUAAUAAAAUAUUUUUAGAAAAAUAA